UAAUGGAUAUUCUAAUGAAACAAAUUAUUACAAAAACACCAAUGUUAAAUCUAACAUUAAUUCGAAUGGUCAUUCGAAGCAAUUUCAACGUGGUACUUUUAACAAGAGAACACCGCGUAACAGAAAGAUACCAAAUUAUGAGAGGGAAAACACUUUACGUCAAUACUACCAACCACAACAUAUUGAGUUUUAUCUUGCAAGCAUUAACAUCAAUGAAUAUCAGGAAUCUGUCGAUACUGUUAAUGAUUACAAGUUGAAAUUUCGAUACAAGUAUCUUGAAGAAGGAAUCUCGAUUUUUUUGAACGAAAAUAAUGCAAAGAUUUAUAUUCCUAUUAAUUCUUUGGAAGCUAUCUCUAAUGUGCAAUUUAAUCUCAUAGUAUUAACAUUGAAAAAGAACUGCUCCAAUUUGGAAAGAACACCACAACAGGCUAUAGACAUUGCUGGAUUGCAUAUAAAUUAUCUUGUGAAUAAGAAUAACAAAUACAAGGGCAAUAAAACUUAUAUUGCAAAUUGGGGUUAUAUGACUAGCUUACACUUGACUCAGGGUGAAGAUUUUUUAAUUAAGUGUCACAUAGAUGGUGAUAUCCGUAUUCUACGUUUCAAAUCUCAUUCUCAAUUCGAAGAUAUUAAGCACGCCAUUAUUGAUGCCUCUAAUGUCCAUAAUAUAACAAAGAUUUAUUAUAAGGAUGAUGAUGGUGAACAUAUUACCAUAGUUAACACCGCCGAUUUCGAAACUGCUUUGAAAUUGUAUAAAAAAGACAAUAAACUGGAGAUUUGGUGUAUGACUGGAUGA